AUCUUAUAUAAAAAAGGGAGAAUAAAGAAAAACACAUAAGUGUGACCUCUUUUUUUCCCUCUCUCUUUCUCUAUCUUUUGUUCAUAAUGUCGAAAUCAAAUAAUGCAGUCAAUAACAUCGUCAGUAAUCUCAUGCGUGCAGCAGCUGGUGCUGGUGCCAGAAAUGUAUCAGAUGAAGAUAUUGAUAAAUAUGUGGCAGACUUGAUAUUAAAAGAAGCCGAAGAAAAACGUAAAAAGUAUCAAGAAGUGGGCAUACAAGCCUAUCAGCCUAUUAGAAGAAAGCCGAGACCCAAUACAAGAUUUUUACUUAAUGUCGUAAAGGCAACUGAUAGUCAUAAUCAAGCAGUUCUUCGUGCCAACGAAAGAAAUAUCAACAAAUUAAGAAAAGAUCGACUAAAAAGAGAAGAAGAAACAAGGAGAUCCCAUGAAGACAGUGAUGAUAUUUAUAAAAGGAAAAGAAGUAGUAGUGAUGAUAGCGAUGAUGAUCGUACAAGUAAAAAGUCGAAAAGAAAGGAUAGCUCGAAAGAGAGGCUACCAGAGAAAAAGGAAAAAAUAAAGUACCGAGGAAGAGGUAAAGUUCGAAUCGAGUGUCCUUCUAUGGACAAGUAUUUUUCGUCAGAGUAUGACCCUUUAUUGGAUGCCGAUGAUGAUGAUGAUAAUAAAUAUAUGACAGCAAAUGAAUAUAGGAAAAAGCAUAAAAAGAAGAAGAAGCAUGAUCAAUAAAUAUUAUCCACGGUAUUUCUUUAAAACAUUUUCUAAUGCUUCCAUAAUAUCUGACCGAUUGACAGCCGAGUGAUUCUUCUUUAACGAGGUUGCUUCUGCUGAUUUAGCGAGAUCUUCCAUAAAACAAAGAAAGUCCAAAUAAAUAAGCAAUUCAACAUUGGGUGCCAACUUCAUUCCGCCUAGCUUUUUUGUAAUGAUCUUUCUCAGCUUUUCACGAUCAAAUUCGUCAGAUCUCAUGAAUAAAAGAAAAAGGAAAUACAGCUGACAUUCAAUGUGAAAAACUUUGUGUUUCCCUAGAAACUUGUUGAUGAAAUGCCAACUUGAUGGCAAGAGAGUUUAGAAUGCUACUACUAUUAGCAAUUAGCUCUAUGA